AUGAUAGCUGAAGACAUGAAGGUACUUGUGGUGUUUCUGCUGGUGAUGCUGAGCUGCAGUCUGGCCGAAGGGCGGCUAUACUCAAAAUGUAGCCUGAGGACCAAAAUAAUGCAGGCAUUGGCUAAACAGCCAGCUCAGUUAAAACAGAAUGGACUGACUGGAGAAGAUUUCGUGGCCAAGCUCGUCUGUCACGCAGAGGUCAGCGCAGGGUUUGACACCAGUGCCCUGGAGACAAAACCAAUGAUGAGAAACCCCCACACAGUGUAUAACGUUUCCAAUUCAGCCCACCUCUUGAAAGGAGAAGACAGUCCAAAUCCUCCAACCACCAACUCUACACCAUCCCAAAACCAAUCCGGCCAGUAUCUACCGACUGAAGAGAGUCUCCAUGGUAUUUUCCAACUCAGCGAUGGCGUAACCUGCGUCAAUGGCAGUUGUUCAAACUACUCAUUGAACUUAUGUGGGACAAACUGCUCCAAAUUUCUUGAUAGCAACAUAAACGAUGACCUCGGAUGCGUGAUGAAAAUUUUCAACACUGUUGUGAAUUUACACACUCAGAAUGUAACUGCAACACCCCAGGAUCCAAAAAAGAAGCCAAGUGUACCUCCAGAAUACCAGGCCUUAACACAAAUGAAUGCCAAACAGGCUGCAGAGAGGCGCUACACAGACGUCCUGCAUGGAUGCAAUCUGACUGAAGAGUUCAUCAGCAGUAAGGCGGCCAAAUCAGGAUCUGCACGCCAAGCCUCCCCAUCUGGUGACAGCAAACGGAGUGGCUCUGCAGACUGUAUAUAUGUCACGCCACUAAGAGUUCAGACUCAGACUGUUGUCGCUGUCAACAUGAAGGUACUUGUGGUGUUUGUGCUGGCGGUGCUGGGCUGCAGUCUGACUGAAGGCCAGCUCAACCUCAAAUGUAACCUGAAGGAGCACCUGACCACAGCGAUGAAUAACUUCAAGGAUAUACCAAACGAAAUGAGCAAGGAAAACCUGGUGGUCCAGCUCAUCUGUCACGCAGAGGUGUGCUCAGGUUUUAACACCAGUGCGAUGAGGAUGGUUGUGAACCGCGCGAAGAAAGGCAUGCCCUUGGAGAGUCAGGCAUGGCUACAUCGUAGUAAGUGGUCUACGAUCAUUGCCUGGAUUGUAGGACUCAGCCAGCCUUCACAGGACGAGGUCCACACACUCUAUGGUCCUUUACAGCUCAGCAAUCGUGUGGCUUGCAGCGACGGCGUGACUCCAUCCCCCAACAUCUGCAAGCUUCCCUGCAGCAAACUGUGUGAUGACGAUCCAAAGGACGAUGUCAUGUGCCUGAUGAAGUUCCUUGAAAAACCUGGUUUCCUCAAUGUUCUCUCGAUGUUGAAACCAUCCUGCAGGGAGGAGUGGAGAUUGAAAUUGUUCAUGUUGGGACUCCUCCAGCACAAUGAGUGCAAAGACAAACAGGCCUCCAGCUACUUCGCUGAGUGUUGAUAAUCCAACUUCACUUACAUAUCACUGGAAGCAUUAACCUUCUCUCCAGUGAAUGACCAGUGACUUAUGACAAUAAUAAAGUGAAGCAUGUUGCACUUGUUGUGUUUUCAUGUUUAUGUUACAGGGCUAAAGAAUGAGGGGCCGCUCACUCUUAAUGCAACACAUUUAUUUCUGUAAAAGACAGAAUGCAGUACAGUCAUC